CAUUUAAGACUUGAUUUAAAAAUCAUUUGAAAAUUGGUUUUAAUUUUUGUGAAGAAAAAUGAGUGAAAGUAAUGGCAAUGAAGACAAACCACAGAUCAAAAGAUAUCGUCGACAAGAGGAAGAAGAAGUGGCCGAAGAGUCGGACGACGAUUACGUGCCGUAUAUUCCGGUCAAACAGAGACGGAAAGGGUUGACACAAACUCACGCCUCAAGAGUUAAAGACUUGGUCUCAACGGAUGACGAAAAG